UACAUUAUACCGCUAUACCAGAGUACCUCUGCAGUGUGAAAUAGAUUGGUUUGGAAAAUGAACGUGGCUUUGCUAUAAAUUACAUUCACAGGCCUUUUUGCAGAUGUGUAAUCUGCCUGUCAAAGUGGUGUGUAGGGCAAAUGCAGAAUAUAUGUCUCCAUCUGGAAAAGUACCUUUUAUUCAUGUGGGAAAUCAAGUAGUAUCAGAACUUGGUCCAAUAGUCCAAUUCGUUAAAGCCAAGGGCCAUUCUCUUAGUGAUGGCUUGGAUGAAGUCCAAAAAGCAGAAAUGAAAGCUUACAUGGAAUUAGUGAACAAUAUGCUGCUGACUGCAGAGUUGUAUCUCCAGUGGUGUGAUGAAGCUACGGUAGGGGAGAUCACUCAUACUAGGUAUGGAUCUCCUUACCCUUGGCCUCUGAACCACAUUUUGGCUUAUCAAAAGCAAUGGGAAGUGAAACGUAAAAUGAAGGCUAUAGGCUGGGGUAACAAGACUCUGGACCAGGUCUUAGAAGAUGUAGACCAGUGCUGUCAAGCCCUUUCGCAGAGACUGGGAACACAACCUUAUUUCUUCAAUAAGCAGCCGACUGAACUCGACGCUCUGGUGUUUGGCCACUUGUACACCAUUCUCACCACCCGCUUGACCAGUGAUGAGCUUUGUGAGAAGGUGAAACACUACAGCAACCUCCUUGCUUUCUGUAGGAGAAUUGAACAGCACUAUUUUGAAGACCGGGGUAAAGGCAGAUUGUCUUAGACUUGUACAUCAAUUAUUACUUUAAAAAUCUUACUUCUGAAAUAUGUAUUACUUGAACAAUAUGAUAGCAGUUUCAGAACUUCAAAACCAAAAACUGUUUUUUGAAACCUCAAAAAAUUGCAUAUUGUCAUAUACUUGUUCUUUGUACUGUUCUUUGUGUACACCUUCAUUUUGAAUUGUUUGAUUUGUUACAUUAUAUUCUAUAUCUUGACAUUUUGUUUCUUUAUGAGCAUAUAAAAAUAAACCUUAAGCAACUGUGGUUGUUUCAUUUUCUUUGA